GACGCACGGGGAUUCCCAGCGGUGGGCGAGCAGAUGAAACAUAUGCGUGCCGUGCAAACCUGCUCAUUCUAGAAACAAAGAACAACACGAGAUGUGGUCGGAAACUCUGUGUUUAAUACUCGGCGCGCUGUGCCUCUCGUACUCUCAGGAUGUCAACACACAAAUUGCCUACGCAAAUGACAUCUUUUCAAUGGAGCUCUUCAAGGCGGCGCUGAAAGAUGAUGCAGAGAACGUGGUGAUUUCUCCUGUGAGUGUGUCCACUUUGUUGGCCCUCGUUCAGCAGGGGUCAGGCGGCAGCACGGAGACUCAGCUGGAGGAGGUGUUGCAUCUCGACCCUGAGCAGUCUAGAGAUGGAUACAGUCAUCUCACGAGAAAUCUCAAGGAAUCUUCUGGAAAUGUGACCCUGGAAUUCGCCAACGGUGCAUUUCUCAAAGAAGGAUAUGAAGUAAAAUCUCAGUUCAAGAACGUCUUAGAACAAGACUUCCAAUCCACAGUUGAGUCUGUGCUAUUUUCUGACCCCCCUGCAGCUGCUGAAGAGAUAAAUUCAUGGGUUGCAGAUCACACACACAACAAAAUCCAGGACCUUCUGUCUCCAGCCUUGUUAGAUGCUUCAACCCGUUUGGUCUUGGUCAAUGCCAUCUACUUCAAGGGAUUUUGGAAGACACCUUUCCAAAAGAGGGAUACCAGAAGUGACAAUUUCUUUACUGAACCAAACACAGCAAAACAAGUUUCUACCAUGCAUCUGCAGUUUAAUUUCUUAACAGGAAAUCUUCUAGACUUGAAUUCACGAUGGCUGCAACUUCCAUUCCUGGGUGGUCGAUUUUAUAUGCUGAUAAUUCUACCCGACGAAAUCGAAGGCGUGGGGAAGUUGGCAGAGAGUCUCACUGGGCGUGACGUCACUGACCUCAUCAAUAAUUUGGAGAACAGUGGCUCUUCACCGGUGGUCAAUCUGACUCUACCAAAGUUCAAGUUGCAGACAACGUUACAACUUGGUCCCACUUUGCAAAAGAUUGGUCUGACUGACUUGUUCACUGACCGAGCAAAUCUGACUGGGAUCUCGGAGGAGCCUGUAGCUGUGUCUCAAGUGAUCCAUAAGGCAGAGAUUGAAGUGGAUGAAGACGGAGCAACAGCCGCUGCAGUAACAGCCAUACAUGCUAACGCUCUUUUUGCAUCACUGGCGCCUCCUCCUCUACUUGUGUUCAGAGUGGAUCAUCCCUUCAUCGCAUUCGUCGUGGACGAUCUCAACAAGCUGCCGCUAUUCGCUUGCAGAGUCACCGAUCCCACGGCUUCGUCACCAAGUCUGUAUUUAUUGCUGUGCACAUCGUGGCUCUCACGAGCUCAAGAGUCAAGCACCGCUGUCAGCAAUCGGGUCGCCGAAGCAACAUACCUCUUUUCAGUGGACCUAUUCAAGGCGGCACUGAAGGCUGAUGCGGGGAACGUGGUGAUUUCUCCUGUCAGUGUGUCCACUUUGUUGGCCCUCGUUCAGCAGGGGUCAGGCGGCAACACGGCGACUCAGCUGGAGGAAGUGUUGCAUCUCGACCCUGAGCAGUCUCGAGAUGGAUACAGUCAUCUCACGAGAAAUCUCAAGGUACUUGCUGGAAAUGAGUCUCUCGAAUUUGCCAACGGUGCAUUUCUGAAUGAAGGAUACCAAGUAAAAUCCGGGUUCCGGAAGGUCCUGGAAGAAGACUUCCUGUCCUCAGUUGAGACUGUGCAGUUUUCAAAUUCUGCGGCAGCCGCUGGAGAGAUAAACUCUUGGGUUUCAAAUCACACACACGGCAAAAUCCCAAAUCUUGUUUCUCCAGAUUCACUAGACAGCCUUACACGUUUAGUACUGGUUAAUGCCAUUUACUUCAAGAAUUUCUGGAAGACAUCUUUUCUGAAGAAUGAGACGAGAGAUGACGAUUUCUUCAUUAGACCCAAUACAUCAAAGAAAGUUCCAACUAUGCAUCUUAAGAAAAAAUUGCUAACAGGCUCUCUUGAAAGUUUGAAUUCACGAUGGUUGCAACUUCCGUUUCAGGGUAAUCGAUUUUAUCUGCUGAUAAUUCUGCCGAACGAGAAGGACGGCGUAGAGAACUUGGUGAACAGCAUCACUGGACCUGAGAUCUCUGACCUCAUUGAGAACUUAGAGGAUCGCGGUUAUUCACCGGAAGUUCAGCUGUCUUUGCCGAAGUUCAAGCUGCAAACAACGUUGGAGCUCGGCCCCGCAUUGAAAAAGAUUGGUCUGACUGACAUAUUCACUGACCGAGCAAAUCUGACUGGGAUCUCGGAGGAGCCUGUAGCUGUGUCACAAGUGAUCCAGAAGGCAGAGAUUGAAGUAGAUGAGGACGGAGCAACAGCCGCUGCAGCAACAGCUGUAAUUGGUGUCCUUAUUACUGCUGUGGGUGUGAAACCUGUUCCAGUAGUGUUCAAUGUGGAUCGCCCGUUCCUCGCAUUCAUCGUGGACAGUUUCAAUAAACUGCCCCUCUUCGCUAGCAGAGUGAUCGAUCCUACGACUUCGUAACUAUCACCUGGUUAUAGUUCUCGGGCAGCGGGACACAAGUUCAGUUGUAGGGGCAUAUAUUUUUUGGGUUAUUAUAAAAUUUUGAAAUAAAUCUGCAUUUAAAAUA